AUGUCCGCCGAAGUUGCUGGUAAAAUAUCGAAAAGUGUUGAACUGAAAGACCCGGAUAAACACGACUCAGUACUUCGUCUUCUCAGGAGUUACGGAUUCUCAGAUACUCAGAUGUCCAGAACUGUGAAGUACUAUCCACGGUUGCUAUUGGCAAAUCCCGAGCACAGUCUUUUGCCCAAACUGAGAUUCAUCCAUUCGAUAGGAUUUUCAGCUUCUGAACUCUCAGACCUGUUCUCUUUUAACCCUAAAUUACUAAUUUAUAGCUUAGAGAAACGUAUAAUUCCCCACUAUGAGGCCCUUAAAAGUGUACUUGAUGAUGAUCGGAAAGUAAGGAAAUGUCUAAAAUACUGUACUUGGACUAUGUGCUCCUAUGAUGUGAAGAAUAUAUUUCCAAACUUAAAGGUUUUGAGGGAUGAGGGGAUGCCUCAAUGUUCGGUCGUUUCGCUGUUAUGUAGACGUGCAAAUGUAGCAUUUAUGAAUCAAUCAAUGUUUGUCGAAUAUGUCAAGUUUGUCAAGGAAACAGGAAUAAAUCCUUCCGAGGCUGCGUUUGUUGAAGCACUUUUAGCUGUGACACAGAUGAGUAAAUCAACCUGGGAGGCGAAACUGGAUGCCUUUGAGAGUUGUGGCUGGCCCAGAGAUGUCACUCUUUUGGCGUUCAGUAAGUUUCCACAAAUCAUGCGUAUGUCAGCGAAGAAAAUCACAGACACAAUGAAGUUUUUUGUGGAUGAAAUGGGUUUAAGGUCGGAAGAUGUAGCUGGAUGCCCAACGAUUCUUAGUUAUAGCUUGAAGCAGAGGAUUGCUCCUAGAUGGUCAGUAGUUAAAAUUUUGAAAAUGAAGGGUUUAAUCAAAGAAAAUGUGUCCCUAAAUUCUGUUAUUAUACUCAGUGAGAAAAAGUUUCUGGAAAAUUUUGUGAUCAAAUUUGAAGAAAGUGUUCCUCGGCUCCUGAAAAUCUAUGAAGCAAGGAGAAACACUCCUCUAUUUUUCCCUAGUUAUAUGCCGGGCUAUCUAAGCUACAAGAGAAUGAAGUCUCCCAGUGUUCUUACUGAGGGACUGGAAGCUGAAGAAAAUGUGUUGCCUUUUCGUCUGAAAAGUGAUAAUGAUCUUUCAAUUUUACCACUUGCGAUGUUAAUUGGAGCUUAUGGCUCCAGUUAUCAUCACCAUUCAUUUCAACUUGUCUGA